AUUGUCUCUAAAUACGAGCUCCCCCCCUCUCACUAUUCAUACCCAGGUAAUAGGAAACCAGUCAAUUUGCUCUCUUAUUUAUGCCCUGAUCAAAUUGGGAGACUUAGAAGCGGCAUAGUCAGUUUGCCCCCUUAAGAUCUUUUCCCUCCAGGACUUCCUGAUACAUCAGUGCUCUCCAAGUCCGCAUCCAAGUCCACCACCGAGAUGCCUGUCACACUCAAAAUUAACGAUAAUGUUGUCAGGGGCUGGUCUGAGUCCAGGUGUUCUACAGCUGAGAGUCUCUUGGAAAAUGUGGACAUCUCUAGAAGACGGGGUGUGUCUUCUAAAGACCUAGUCCAGACAUCCCUUUCCCCCAAUGACUUCGAUAAUGGUUACAUCUCGGGAUCCAGGAACGGUUUUAUCUGGGCGGCAUAUCACGCGUACAGUGCCCAUCACCACCUCCGCAUCCGCCCAGAAGACGUGUGGUUCGCGAUCCUGACUCAGAUUACCUUUUACAUCAACGCGCACGCCGAGGAGCUGCGGUCCUUCUUCGUGGCCCACGAGGGCAAGAAGCGCCUGCGGGCCGUGAGCGACAUCCGCGACUUUGGCCGCCUGUCGGUCCAGAUGGGCGAGAUGAUCAGCGACAACGUCAAGGACCCGACACUAAAGGACUGGGUCCUGCCGGGGUUCUCGACCACGACGCCCACCGACACGGUGGUCGGGUCGGUGCUGUUCAUGGGCGCCAUGCAGAAGUACUUCAGCUUCGACGGUGGCGUGACCUGCGGCCUCCCGUCCGUGACGCUGCUCGGCGACGUGGGCGACUGGGAGGACAUCCUGGGCCGGCUCGACAAGCUGGACCUCCUGGGCGACGAGCCGCGUCAGUUCGCCGAUAUGCUGCGGCCCGUCCUGCGCAGCAUGAUCCGGUCCUUCGCGGAGCCGACCAGCGCCGAGGUCAUCACGUUCUGGAACACCGUCGUGCACCAGGAGGAGCUGGGGAGCGGCACGGACUCCCUCUCGGGCUGGCUGAUGGCGUUCUGCUACUGGGACGAGUACGGGAAGGCCAACGGGCUUCCCCGCGACGUCAAAGUCCUGGACGGCCGGGUCAAGUACGUGGUCGACGUGGACAAGGUCCCGGCGGGCUUCGCCUCCGUCCCCGUCUCGGUAGACGAUGGCGGCGAGCAGUAUGAGGCGACGCUGGUCGCGGGGUCGGUCGGCAUCCUCGCUACUUCAUCGACCCGGGUGCCCGCGGCAGAAAGGCAAGAGGUAAAACGUUUUAGAAAAAUAGCAAAACUUUUACUCCAGAAGCUGAAGAGAACCUCCUCCGCGCCGCCGCCCAGCUUGGAGGGGCGUGGACGUGGGGAGGCUCCUACCGCUGAGGGGCGACAGGGCGAUACAUGCGAGACGGAGGGGUCGAUGCUUAAUACUGUACAGCCCAUGUCCGGUUGGUGGAUGUUGAGGAAGAAUUGAGAGUGCGGAUAUAUCUAUUCGCUGGUGACAAUGCCCGGAUCAGGAAAGGAAAUAUGCCAACAAGACUGAGCUUAGAGUAUCGAGCUCUGGAUACUCGGCCCCCGAAGAGGGAACAGGCUGAGAGGUGUGGUGGUUGGUCCUCCAACAAUCAAUAAAUAUUGUGUUGCACAGCGCACAGAAAGGGCUCGCCAAGAUUAUCAUCCAUAGCAGAAGGUACGCAUUAACACAGGUUGAGAAAGUGACAUGUGAUUACGACAUGGGACAAGUAGACAAGACAAAGGCAGGAAUGGUAUAAUAACGGUUCCGGUCGGUCCACCAACCCCCUUCCACCCAUAUACCACCACUCCAACCCGAUGAAAGAAAACCAUGUUCCAAACUCCAACACCCAACCCAUAGCCGGUUGGCGCCCCCGCCAGAGCUGAUCCUGCGCCACCGUACUUUUGUUUUGAUGCAAGAAAGGUAGGGAGAGAGAGAAAGAGACAGAAAAGGAGAAGAAAAGGGAUAACACACCCUAUCCCACCCUACCCAACCGCCGGCCCCUUGACCUCCCCUGACCACUGUUCCCACUGUUU